AAAAAAAAAAUUCCUGAAAUGAGUCCUCACUCUUCACAGAGUUUCAGACCCAAACAGCACUUCAAAACCUCCAGAAAAAACCAAACAGAGAAAAAGUAAGUGAAGAAAAAGAAAAAGCAAAAGAAAAAAAAAGAAAAGAUCAUCGUUUGUUUCUUUUUGUUUCUGAGUUUCUCUUUGCAUGGCAGCUCACAUUGGCACUUCCAUGAAACCCAAGAGCAACAGCAACAACAACAACAACAACAGUGGAAGCAAUGGCUACAGCAGCGAGAGCAGUAGCGGGACCAACAGCAACUCUCCGAGCCCACCUGCUUCGCCCCCGAAGCCGCGUCUCACUCCGUCUCUAUCCCAGUGCCGCCGGAGGCUGCGUUCCAAGACCCAUUCUUUCGUCCGCCGUGAAAAUCUUGGUUCAGGCCUGAACUUCCGGCGGAAUCUCCGGUACUUGUUGGUGCUGCCGCUUUUGUACAUUUCGGGCUUGUUCAUGUGUGUCGGUCCAUUUUCUGGGCUUUUGGGCUAUGCUUCUGUUCCUGGAUCAGUGUACCGUAGCCAUGAGAAUUUUCGAAGGCUUUGGGAUGAUAUUCGCUUUGAUAAUGCUUCAGCUCUUGAGUUGUCCUCUGUGUGGAAAUACAAAAGAAGGCUGAAAGUACAGAAACCUUGUCCAAAUUUGAUGGCUAGAAAUCAUUUCUCCUUGUACAGAACUAGCAUGAUCGAGUCUCCUGGCUCUAGCGGUUAUUUGAUCGUUGAUGCUAAUGGUGGUCUUAACCAACAACGUUCUGCGAUAUGCAAUGCAGUGGCUGUAGCUGGACUUUUAAAUGCAAUACUAGUUAUUCCUCAGUUUGAACUCAACAGUGUUUGGAAUGAUCCUAGUCAGUUUGGGGAUAUAUACGAUGAGGAUCACUUCAUAGACAACCUUAAAGGUUAUGUAAAUGUGGUUAGGGAGUUGCCUGAGGCAUUGAUGGACAAAUAUGAUCACAACAUGUCCAAUAUUCCAAAUCUUCGAGUCCAAGCUUGGGCUCCUGUAAAUUAUUACUUGGAAGUUGUUCAUCCCAUUUUGAAGGAUCAAGGAGUUAUCCGCAUUGCGCCCUUUGCUAAUAGAUUGGCAAUGCAUGUCCCACCUCAUAUUCAGUUGCUAAGAUGUGUAGCCAAUUAUAAAGCGUUGAAAUUCUCUCUACCUAUAUCAACACUUGCUGAGAAACUAGUCAAUAGGAUGAUUGAGAAGAGCUCAAGGAGUGGGGGAAAAUAUGUUUCUGUCCACCUCAGGUUUGAGCAGGAUAUGGUGGCCUUUUCAUGCUGUGUUUAUGAUGGAGGACAGGCUGAAAAAUUCGAAAUGGAUUCUUUUAGAGAAAAAGGGUGGAAGGGAAAGUUUAAACGAAGAGGUCUUGUCAUCUUACCUGCUCUCAAUCGAGUUGAAGGAAAAUGUCCUCUAACCCCUGUGGAGGUUGGACUGAUGCUACGUGGUAUGGGAUUUGACAACAACACUUCAAUUUACUUAGCCUCAGGGAAAAUUUACCAGGCAGAAAAACAUCUAGCUCCUUUGCUAAAGAUGUUUCCCCUUCUUUACACCAAGGAGUCUCUCGCUGCACCUGAUGAGCUUGCUCCUUUUGAGGGGUAUUCCUCAAGGCUGGCAGCUUUAGACUACACAGUAAGCUUGUUUAGUGAGGUGUUUGUGACAACCCAGGGUGGAAAUUUUCCACAUUUUUUGAUGGGCCACCGGAGAUUUCUUUUUUAUGGACAUGCAAAGACUAUCAAGCCUGAUAAACGCAAGCUUGUGGUUUUGCUGCAAGACAUGGGUAUCAGUUGGAAAGCUUUUAAGGAUGAGAUGAGAGUAAUGCUUGCAGAAAAUGAUCGCAAGGGGAUGAUGGUGCCUAGAGUCAAAAAAUUCAACAGAAAGACCUCCAUAUACACAUAUCCUUUGCCAGAAUGUGCGUGUCUCCAGCAUUCACAUAAUUCCACACUCUAACUGAUAGUAUUGAUUCUUUUUACCCACUUUGAAUCUACAAGAUAACAAGCAAAGUUCAUACUUCAUCUGGGCUUCCAUUGCACAUCUAUCAUCAAUCAUAUACUUCCAAAGUGUAUUAUUGCUGCAUUUACCCUCUGUUCAUGGUCGUCCUACACCAUUGUUGUGCUACCUGAUAUGCAAAGGCAGAUAGGGAUUGCAGUUUAGUUGGGCAGUGUGUAGGUUCUCCAGUUUUGAUCACGCCAGAAGUUCCUUGUUCGACAAUGUGCUUUUGGUUUUACCCGAAGAUGCAAAUGUUGUUUUGCUUGCAGUGCGGAUGUAAGCAACAAGAUGGAGGUUGAUUUGCAAAGCCUGAUCAAAUGAGCCGGGAUUGACAUGAUUCUUUUGUUUUUUCAUAGUUAGCUUCAACCUUAUAGCAGGAAGCAGGGCAGAUUUCACGCUUGUUCUUUUACGAGGGAAGUUUUGCAGAAUUUCUAGUACUGUAUCGUGAAAAUUUUUUGAUAUGGCUACAGGGCCGGAAGACUGGCUUUGCAUUGUCUUUGGUGGAAAUCCAAAUCGUCAAAGAUUUCGUUUACAAAAUAUUAAGUGCGCCUUAAAUGAAUGUAAUGAAAGAUAAUUUCUCCAUUCAUAAGGUGAAUGAAACAAGACAUGUUUAUUAGAUGGAAGAAGAUUUUAUUUCUGGUUUGCAGUAACUUCGAAGAGAGAUCUUGCAUCUUAGUUCA